AACGUCAACCUGCCUACAAAAAUAUAAAUCUCCCGGUGGCCAAUAUACUGUUGAAUACAUUACGUUAUCAAGAUAAAACAAUGGGCAUAUAAUUAGCAAUUACAUGUAGGUAUUUUGCUUAGUUAUUUAUUACUUAUUUGUUUUAUUGUUACAGGUGCAAAAAGGCAGCGAAGAAAAGAAAGUUUUCCGAAGAUUACGUUAAGUUUGGAUUUACAUUCAUAGAAAAAGACGAGUUACAAUUGCCUCAGUGUGUGAUAUGUAUGAAAGUUUUAAGUAAUGAUAGCAUGAGGCCCAAUCGCCUUGAAAGGCAUUUGAAGCAACAACAUCCUACUCUGGUUUUGAAGACGAAAGAGGUUUUUUCUUCUAAAUCAGAAUCACUCAAGCGGACGAGACUGGAUACAUCGGGAAGUUAUCACACAGGUGUAUCACAGCAUCUCAAAGCUUCAUUUGAAAUAGCUUUUAUGAUAGCAAAGCAAAAUAAACCUCAUACUUUCGGUGAAGAAUUAAUAAAACGAUGUGUCCUACAAGCCACGCAGACAAUUUUAGGAGAAGAUGCCGAGCAAAAAAUGAAGUCUAUGUCUCUUCCGAAUAACACAGUCAAGCGUAGAAUCGAUGAUAUUGCAGCAGACAUAAAGUCACAAAUAAUUAACAAAGUAAAAUUAUCGCCAUUUUUUGCCAUUAGUUGCGAUGAAUCCACCGACAAGGUUAAUUAGAUAUCAUUCAAGAAGAGAUUUUGUACUCCCAAUCUUUGACAGCAGGUACUACAUAUGAAGAUAUAUUUAACUCAAUAUCAAAUUUUGUUGAAAAAAAUUAUUUGGAUUGGAAGAAACUCAUUGGACUUUGCAGAUAUGGCGCACCUACAAUGAUAGAUGUACGAUCGGGCUUAGCUAAAGAGCUCAAGGAAAAAAAUCCCGCAAUGCUUAGUACACAUUGUGUUAUUCAUCGGCAAGCUUUGGCUUCCAAAACAUUGCCACAGAAAUUACGCCACACUUUGGACUCGGCUAUAAGGAUUGUAAACCGCAUCAAGAGCAGCGCUUUGAACAGUCGGUUAUUUACUUUACUUUGCGAGGAUCUCGAUUCUGAUCACAAAGUUCUUCUGUUCCAUACAAAAGUACGCUGGCUGUCCAAAGGCAACAUGUUGGCUCGCUUUUAUGAAUUGAAAGAAGAUGUAAUUAUUUUUCUUGAGUUCAAAGAAAAACACGAUUUCUUGACAAUGGUCAAAGAUGACACAUUUCAAUGGAGGUUGGCUUAUUUAACUGACAUAUUUGACUCGUUGAAUGAGCUAAACCUGAAACUUCCGGGCAGAAACAACACUAUAAUAAGCAAUUAUGAUUAUAUUCAGGGGUUCAUAUCAAAGCUUCAACUUUGGAAUCAAAAAGUGUCUUCUGAAAAUGUUAUAUCUUUUUCUCGGCUGUUCGAAGUAAUUAAAAAUAACAUACUGGACGCAAAUUUAAAAGCUGACAUAAAAACUCAUUUGCAAGCGCUGCAAGACGAAUUUCGCCGAUACUAUCGAGACAUCAAUUCAGAGUCACCAAUAUGGUACAUGACAAGAAAACCAUUUGUUGUCGAUGUGUCACAAUUACCAGAAGAAGUUCAGGAAGAAUUUCUAGAAAUGGCUCGUCCAUGAAAGAUGACUUCCAUCUUUUAACAUUGGAGAAAUUUUGGAUCAAAAGAUUGCCUGUUAAUUCGACACUUGCCUUUAUGAAUACUGGUUCCUUUUUCUUCA